AUGGACGGCCUCCCUCCAGAAAUUCUGUCUCAAAUCCUAAACUAUCUGUCGUUUGCCGAGUCUGCCCGCCUUCUCCGCGUCAGCCGCAGAUGGUUCCAGCACCUAAGCCCUAGAAUCUGGCGAUCCUCAGAAGAUCACCUCCUGUUCAGGAUUGCCCCUCAUCGACUACAAAUUUAUUCUUCUCUCAUCCAAGACCUCACAAUCCUGACCCGUGAUCAACAAGAACAUGAAGUAGUGAGGUGUCCCGACUUCUCCCAGCUAACCUCUCUGAACUUCGAGCUCUACGACUCUCCUGUCUGCAAUGACCCUCCACUUUCGACUCCAUGCCUCAGGCGCUACCUGGCCCCAAGCAUAACCAGCGUCGAUCUUGAUAAUACCGCCGACACAGCACUGCUAGAUGCUUUCGCAAAUGACUGCCCCCAACUCCGCUACGUCAGACUAGACCUUCGAGCCACGCGCCUGGUAGAGGAUCCCGAUGCGGUUAUACGGUUCCUCCAACUAUGCCCGUCUCUCCUCCAUAUCAGCCUGCUGGGCCCCAUCGCAAACCCUCGCAUUCUAUGCGGCCUCGCCAUGAAACCAAACCUGAAACAACUUGACAUUCAUCACUUGCACGAUCCGGAGAUUGUAGACUCUGCAGACCUGAAAUUCAUCCCUGAGCCCUUUGCCUUCUCUUCGCUCGACAGACUGGUGCUAGGGGCGGACGUAGCUCCCCAUGUCAUCUUGAAACUCCUCUCCCAUGUCAAAAAUGUCCAACACCUCUGCAUUCGGGUGCCCCGCUCUUUGGGAGCCAUUCCCAUCUCCGUCGCCGUCAGAAAGAACUCGGGUACUAUCACCACCAGCACCUUCACACUCCGCGACCUCCCCAGCUACCUCCCCAACCUGCGAACCCUGCAUAUGAAAUUCCAUUUUAGGAUCAAAAUCCACCCAACGGAACUCCUAUUUCUCGCCUCUUUGACAAACCUGGAAGAGCUCCAUCUGACAACAAUGCUCCCCUCUUUCCACAUCCCAGAAGACCCCACAGAUACAAUCUUCCCGUCACUAUUCUCCGGACUUGGCAUGCUCCGUGAAUUAUCUCUGUACUGUACGCGGGAGAACCUCAAGACGAAGUUUCUGAUUGCGCUGGGCAAAUCAUGCCGGUUCUUGGCCGUUUGCACGAUCAAAUACCUGCCGCUCGACAUCUCCGCGUUUGGAGAAUUGGCUGUAACGGAAACGCCCUUGUUUCCAGAGUUGACGGAUCUGUCUGUCAAUUAUAUAGUCCCACCACCACCACCGCAAUUGCAGCACCUAUCUCACCAGAGCGAGCGACGCCUUGGGCAAAGCAGUCACGAGGUUGAGCCUGUCGCUAAGCCGGAACCACAGAGUCUAGAACCAGAUCCCCUUGUCGUGGCAAACCAAGUCGCCCUCUUCACCACGCACUUCCCGAAAACAAGCUACCUUGGAUUUUGGGGUGCGGACAACACGGAAGUCCUAGAUGCAGAUCGGACGUUUACCAAGGCUUUUAGGACUGCGUGGGUAAAGGGGCGGAGGCGGCGAGGGGAGAGAGUGAGGUUUGAGAGGCAGAGAAAGAUGGAGUAUGAGACGGUGAGGCCUGUGUAG